AUGGAAUCGACCACCGUGGGAGGCGACGAGACCUAUAGCAAAUGGAGGCUCAAGAUAUUAGCAAGCACCAACGACGAGCACUCUCUCUACCUAGCCGUGGAGAACGGGCAAUUAUCCUCGUUCUCGUCGCUCUUGCGGCAAGGCAUUCCGAUGACGGCCCGUGUAAUUAGCCUCAUGUUCAAGUCCUGGACAAAUCAAGGCUCCGAAUUCUGCGAGGCCUGGCUGCGCGAGGGAGGAAGCUUAAAUGGUUUCUUUGACGAUUCCACGCCGCUGAACGACAAGUUGUUCGCCUUCGACACCGCUACCACAAGUGCUACUGAGAUCGAUGAAGGCAACUUCCAGCCCGUUCCUUCACGGGUCGAAAUACUCAAAAUACUACUCGAUCACGGAGCAGAUGCCAACGAGAUGGAAGUGGACCCCAAGGCGCUCGGUCGGCCGCGUGCUUCGUAUACCGGCACGCCUCUCCAUCGCGCAGUCAGGUUUGGGAGCCUGGUCCGGCUUGACCGCGAUGAAGACUGCCCAAAUGUACUCGCGGCAGGACAUGAUUGA